AAGGUCUUAUCCCCGCUCGACGCCGCGCAGGAGCUCGAGGCGACCGCCAUCGUUAACGUCCUCCGGCGCGCGGGCUGGUCAGUCACACUGGCCAGCGUCGGCGUCGCAGACGGCGCUCCUGUGCUUUGCGCCCGCGGGCAGCGCCUCCUUGCCGAUACAACCAUCGAGGAGGCAAAGCUCGUCUCCUUCGACGUGGUCGCGAUCCCUGGAGGCAUGCCGGGCGCUGAACGCCUGGGCGAGGACGCGUCGGUGAUUGCAUGCCUUCGCAAGCAGCGAGAGGCGGGCAACUGGUAUGGCGCGAUCUGCGCCGCUCCCGCCGUCGCCCUCGCGCCGUCCGGGCUGCUGCCGCCUCAGGCCACCUGUCACCCCGCCUUCGAGCGGGCGUCUCUGCCGCCGACCUGUCGAUGCGGGUGGUGCGUCACGUCGCGAGGCCCCGGCACCGCCAUCGAUUUCGCACUCAAGCUCGUGGAGGCG